GGCAGAGCAUAGGCGGGGGCACCAUGUCUUGCAGUAUCAAACUUCUUGUACUUGUAGCAGUUUGCCUUUAUUUACAAGCGAUUUCAGCCAAACGGUAUGACUUCAAAUUUUGCUGGAGUCAAUCAGAAUUUGAGGCGAUUUUGGACUCGCAGUGUUUGAAUCGUGCUUUCAGGCGAGGCAUUGAGAAGGGAGAUUUUGUGAAAUCGGAAAAAGAGGCCAAGCACUUCCUCAAGAAAUUAGCAAGGAGAGACCUUCAUUCUGUGGAGCCUAGUCAACCUACGAACUACCAUGAAGAGUGUUGUGUGGAGGGUUGCAAGUAUGAGGAAGUAGCGGAAUACUGCUUGUUGUACUGAAAGUUUAUGAUCAACAUGAAUCAAAGGACACUAGUUAGAGCUUGAAAAACAUGUACAGUCAUAUCGGAAUCAUAUUCUUAAACUAUAGUUUAAGUUGAUCUUAUUUGUGAGAGUUCCCUUCUUUUUCUUAGCUGCCCGUUCGGUCUCUGCGAUCGCUUCCUUUCUUUGUACACAUUUCGUGAAGAAGAGAUAAAGUCCUCAUUAGAGCAUGACUCAAUCGCGAUUUGGUAUGCUGUCAUGAAACACUGAUGAGUUUGAUAUUCAGAAUAUUUGCAGCCUUUUAUCGAAUGUUUCUUGCUUUUCUGGCGAGAAACGAAAUUAGUGCCGAUUUACUUAUUUUCAGAGGAGGGCAGCCAUUUCUUUCUCCGUAGAGAUGGCAUGGGGUUUUUAAGGUUUACUCAUUAAAUAAAGUUUGAUUUGGGGUCCACACUAGUA